GAACAUGACACGCACACCGGGAGAUACGGAGGUGCAGCUGCAGAGCGGCGCGCGAGGCUGCUGCUGAAGGCACCGGAAACAGCGCGCGCUACCGUGUGGUUUUGGGGUCCCUUUUUUAAAUUGGGCUCGCGGAACCUUUCCAAGCAGCCGCGAGCACGUGAAGAUCCUGAAGAGGAGACGCAGAGUGGACACACACAGGCGCGCGCUGUGUGUGUGAGACGCAGCCGGAGCGUUCCUCCCCGUGUGUGUGUGUGUUUGAGUGUGCGUGUGUGUGUGAGCGGUGGUCAGGAUGCAGGUGUCGUUUGCCUGCACGGAACACAACUUGAAGAGCCGCAGUGAGGACCGGCUCUGCGGCCUCAGGACCGCCCCGCCACCAGGGGGCAGUGGAGGUGGCGGCGGAGGGGCUGGUGGGGGUGGAGGGGGGUCAGGAAGCGGGGGCGGAGGGGUAGUCAUUGAACGGGGCAGCGUGCAGUCGGGCAAUGGAAACUACCCCCACCAAAGCACGGUCAAACCCCGGGAGGGCGCGGGGUCACGACCUGCGGGCCAGAGCCACGCCCACAUGAAGGAAGCCAUCGGCCGCCAUAGCAACAUGAAGUACAGAAACCUGGGGAAAUCAGGCCUGCGUGUGUCCUGUUUGGGCCUCGGGACGUGGGUGACCUUUGGCUCACAGAUUUCAGAUGAGAUGGCGGAGAACUUGAUGACUGUAGCAUAUGAGAACGGCGUAAACCUGUUCGACACUGCGGAGGUCUACGCCUCGGGCAGGGCUGAAAUCACUCUGGGUAAUAUUAUUAAGAAGAAAGGCUGGAGGAGAUCCAGUUUUGUAGUAACGACAAAGAUCUACUGGGGAGGACAGGCGGAGACAGAGAGAGGCCUGUCCAGAAAACACAUUAUCGAAGGUCUUCGAGGUUCUCUCUCCAGACUCCAGUUGGAUUACGUGGACAUCGUCUUUGCCAAUCGAAACGACGUCAACAGUCCAAUGGAAGAGGUGGUCCGUGCGAUGACGUUUGUGAUAAACCAAGGCAUGGCCAUGUACUGGGGGACGUCUCGCUGGAGCGCUAUGGAGAUCAUGGAGGCGUACUCAGUGGCACGGCAGUUUAACCUGAUUCCCCCAGUGUGUGAGCAAGCUGAGUACCAUUACUUCCAGAGAGAUAAAGUGGAGGUGCAGCUCCCGGAACUUUACCACAAAAUUGGUGUUGGAGCGAUGACCUGGUCUCCGUUGGCGUGUGGGCUGAUCACAGGAAAAUACAGCGAUGGCGUUCCUGAAUGUUCUAGAGCUGCAAUGAAAGGUUAUCAGUGGUUAAAGGAGCGAGUGUACAGUGAAGAGGGCCGCAGACAGCUGGCCAAAAUCAAAGAGCUCCACCUGCUGGCCGACCGGCUGGGCUGCACCGCUGCACAACUUGCCAUCGCGUGGUGUUUGCGCAGUGAAGGUGUUAGUUCUGUUUUGUUGGGCGUCUCAAACACAGAUCAGCUUCUGGAGAACUUGGGCGCGCUACGGGUGCUCUCUCAGAUGACCCCUCAGACGGUCAGUGAGAUGGACGCUCUGCUGGGAAACAAGCCGCACUCCAAGAAAGAGUCGCGCGCGUGAGGAGAGCAUGAGAAUGAGGGGAAAAAAACGAGUGAGAAAACGAGUGUGGGCUGGAAGAAAAGAUGCAGAAAAGAAGGAUGGAUGAGAAAAGGAGUGCUUUCGCGUCCUUCCCUGUGUACUCCAUCUCCCUGCAUGGCUCCUGCAAAAAUAUCGGGCUUCCAGAAACAGAUCCAGCGCCAGACCCAUUCCAACCCAGACCAGAACCAAACCCAUUUAACCCCCACCGACCCAGAACUGGACCCUUUUAACCCAAUCCAGAACCAAAACCUUAUCCUGGACCAGAACCAAAUCCAUUCCAAGCCUAACUAGAACCAAACCCAUUUCUCCUGGAUUUCAUCCAGACCAGUACUGCACCGUAGCAAGACUGGACCUAUUUAACCCAUGCCAGAACUGGAACUAUUUAAAUGGACCCAUUUAGCCCAGAUGAGAACCGAACCACAUCUGGACCUAUUUAACCUGGACAAUGACUGGACCUUUAAACCUAGACCAGGGUAAGACCUAUUUAUUCUAGACCAGAACUGGAACUAUUUAACUUGGACCAGAAAUGGUCUAUUUUACCCAGACUAU